AUGAGCACUGCAAGUCUUCUCGUGUACGCUACCGUCGCGAUAUGUCUGGCUCGCCUAUGGUCGAAGUUGACGCAGGCAUCCCGAUCCGUUGGAGACUUGCCUGGACCCCUCGUAUUAAUAGAGCCGUUCACCGCUCUCAGCAACGUCUUGCCACGAAUCCCACUCAUUGCAAAAGGGAAUACACGGGAGACCGAAUUGGGAUAUGCUGACUUCAUAUCUGCUGGUUACGAUGCCUUCGCACUCAAGCAUGUAUGGCCAAAUGCGGGCGCCAUGCUAUUUGUUGCCGAUCCGGAUGCUAUCAAAGAGAUCACUACUCACCGUGCUCGCUUCCCUAAACCCUUGAAGAACUAUGAAGUCGUUUCGUUCUUCGGCGGGAACAUUGUAGCUACAGAAGGAGAGGAAUGGAAACGACACCGAAAGAUCUGCGCGCCCGCGUUCUCCGAACGGAACAACAAACUGGUCUGGGAUGAGAGCGUGCGAGUGGUCCUUGAACUCAUCGAUGGUGUCUGGAAAAGAGCAGACACUCUAUCCACCGACCAUGUCCUAGAACUCACCGUGCAGAUAACACUGUUCGUCAUCAGUGCAGCAGCAUUUGGUCGACACAUGUCGUUCACCGAGGAGACCGAGGUCCCGUCUGGAUUCCGAAUAGGCUUCAAGGAUGCGCUUCGUAUCGUGUCAGAGAACGUGUUCAUCAAGCUGGCCGUUCCAAACCGCCUGAUGGGCUUCAGCCGCCGGCUCCGCGAGGUCGACCAAGCCUUUUCUGAGCUAGAGAAGUAUAUGCUGGAGAUGAUAUACACUAGAAAGCAUGCAGGUGCAACGGAAGGGCAUCAUGACCUCUUUAGCAGCCUUCUGGAUGCGGCCAACGGGGACUUCGAAGGAGUAUCGAGGCUUGGUGACUCUGAACUUAUCGGCAACAUCUUUGUGUUCUUACUCGCCGGACAUGAAACUACAGCAAACACCCUCGCGUUCUGCUUCGCUCUCUUAGCUUUAUAUCCUGAGAAGCAGGAGAAACUCUUCCUGCAAACGCGAAGUGUGAUGGCCAGCUUAGGUCACCGUCCGGAAUAUGAAGACAUGCCUCUCUUCACCUAUGCUUUAGCCGUGUUCUACGAGACUCUGCGAAUCCGACCGCCUGUCAACAUGAUCCUCAAAUGUAGUGCGGAAGACACCAACAUGAACGUCAAAGAUGCGCAGGGAAACACGAGGACAAUACCCGUUCCCAAGGGCAUGCCGGUCAACAUUCAUGUCUCUGGCCUUCACCACAAUCCGCGCUACUGGGAGAACCCGAACGAGUUCAUCCCCGAGAGAUUCCUUGGCGACUAUAAGAAGGACGCCUUUCUGCCAUUCAGCGGAGGUCCUCGAGCCUGCAUAGGGCGACGUUUUGCCGAGAGCGAAGAAGUCGCUGUCAUCAUCAUGCUCGUGUCGCAAUAUCAGAUAAGUGUUAAGGCAGACCCGAAGUACGCCGGAGAGACACGCGAGCAGCGCAAAGCGCGCUUGCUCGAUGUCAAGAACGGCAUCAGCAUGACAGCCGUGAGCGUUCCGCUAACCUUCAAACGGCGCGUAUGA